AUGGAACCUUUGCUGCGGCCUAGACCUCCGACAACCUUGGACCUUCGACAACAACCUUCGACACCUUCGGCAACCCUCGACAACCUUCGAUACCCUCAACAACCUUUGACACCUUUGGCAACCCUCGACAACCUUCGACAACCUUCGACAACCUUCGACAACCUUCGACAACCUUCGACAACCUUCGACAACCUUCGACAACCUUCGACAACCUUCGACAACCCUCAGCAACAACCUUCCCCCUCUCUUCCUCUCUUCCUCUCUCCCUCUCUCCCUCUCCCCCCUCUCCCUCUCUCCCUCUCUCCCUCUCUCCCUCUCUCCCUCUCUCCCUCUCUCCCUGUUGUCCGAUUCCCCCAACCCAGCUGCACGGGUCCUGUGUGCAGCACCUGA